AUGCCCGAAUGCAUCCGAUGCGACUUCUGGUUUUACUACGAAUGGCAACUACAGGACCACCUCGAGACCUCUCCCGCGCACAACAUCUGCUUGCAAUGCAAUGUCGACUUCGCAUCCGAUUGGGCUCUCGUCCAGCACUUUGUGCAGAGCCCGCACCACCACUACUGUCAGCGCUGCGACAAGCACUUCAACACCCUCCCGGAUCUUUACGACCAUUACGACGACGAGCACUCCUGGUGCGACCUGUGUAUCAAGAUUUUCAAGAACAGCGAUGGUCUGCACGAGCAUCGGCGCCAGAGCCACCCCGACCUCUACUGCGUCUCUUGCAGGCGCAUGUUCGGCCACCCGAGCAACCUCCAGUCCCACCUCCGCUCCUCCCUCCACCAGGGGCAUGAGGUCCCCUGCCCGCUCCGCGGCUGCGGCCGGUCCUUCGUCUCCCGCUCCGGGCUCAUCGUCCACCUCGAGUCCGGGGCGUGCGCGUCCGGCAUGGACCGUCGCCAGCUCGACGAGCUCAUCGGGCGGCUCGACAGGAACGGGAUCAUCACCGACCCCGCGCGGAUGAUCGCCGGCCCGGCCGCGGUCGAGGUCACGGAGGAGUGGGCGACGGAGCGCGCGUGGAACGGGCACGCGUACCAGUGCUACGUCUGCGCGCGGCAGUACCGCACGCUGCCCGCGCUGAACCAGCACCUGCGGAGCCCGGCGCACGCGACGGCCAAGUACCGGUGCCCGGCGGCGUACAGGGGGUGCGACGAGCGGUUCAAGACGCUGAGCGCGUUCGUCGCGCACGUGGAGAGCGAGGCGUGUGGGGCGUCGCGGUUCAAGCGCGACAUCGAGAUCAUGAUCGAUGGGAUGUCGUCGAACUUCGUCAUCCCCGCGCUAAAAGCUCUCCGUCAGCAGUUGUUGUAA